AUGAGGAGAAUAACGGGAAAGGCCAAGGAUGAAACUUUGAUAGAGCUGCAGAGCGCUGGAGACGCUCACACUGGAGAUGGUCCUGCCGUGCUGACUGCAUUUAGGAUGAACCUGCACACAGAUGAAAAUGGUGGAAAUGAUGUUAAUUCACUCUCAGAGAGAGCAACCCUCCCAGGACACACUGAGACAGAGAAACUGCAGCCAAACAAAGACACAGUAUUCUUCAGGGAUGGAGUGCGAAGGAUCGACUUUGUGUUGUCUUAUGUGGAUGACAAAGAUGGAGAGAAGAAACAGGAGAGGAGGAGGGAGUUUGAGGCUAACCUGAAGAAAGCUGGCUUGGAGUUGGAGACAGAAGACAAAUCUGACUCUAAAGACCAGAAGACAUACUUCUUGAAGAUCCACGCACCAUGGGAUGUUCUGGCCACCUACGCUGAUGUCUUGAAAAUAAAGGUUCCCUUCAAAGCCAGUGAUAUCCCUCACGGCCGGGAUGUUCCUCUGGAGUGGCUGUCAAAUCCUUUCCGCUUGCCAGAGCACAUUAUGCACCCUCAGCCUGAUUAUUUUACGUAUCCCUUUGAUAAAGGCAAGACUGAUUUCUUCCUCAUCAAUGACAAGGAUACUUUCUUCCCGCCAUCCACAAGAAACAGAAUUGUGUACUACAUCUUAGCCAGAUGCCCAUAUUACAAAAAUGGACAACAAGACAAAGAUAAGACAGGAAUCAAGCGAUUACUCAGCAAUGGGACAUACACAGCAGCUUUCCCACUUCAUGAUUGCCGUUAUUGGAAAAGAGCAAGAAAUGCUGAAUGUGAGAGUGAGCGGUACAAUUUAUACUCGCACUGGGCCAGAUUUCUUUGCUUUUACAAAGAGCAGCCACUUAACCUCAUCAGGAAAUACUAUGGGGAAAAGAUUGGGAUUUACUUUGCAUGGCUGGGAUUCUACACUGAGAUGUUAUUCUUUGCUGCUGUCAUGGGUUUUAUAUGUUUCACCUAUGGCGUGCUUAGUUACGACGACAACAUUUCCAGCAAAGAAAUAUGCGAUCCUAAUAUUGGGGGCAGAAUCGUGAUGUGUCCAUUGUGUGACAAAAAGUGCUCUUUCUGGAAACUCAACUCUACAUGUCUCUCAUCCUGGCAAUCCCAUCUCUUUGAUAACGAGGGAACAGUGUUCUUUGCCAUAUUCAUGGGGAUUUGGGUAACUCUAUUUUUGGAGUUUUGGAAGCGGCGUCAAGCUCGAUUGGAGUAUGAGUGGGACUUGGUGGACUUUGAAGAGGAACAGCAACAGCUUCAAAUUCGGCCUGAGUUUGAAAUUAGGUGUACAAAUAGACGACUCAACAGGAUUACUCAGGAAAUGGAACCAUAUCUUCCAGUCAGUAGCAAGUGUGCUCGUUUCUGCCUCUCAGGAGCUACGGUCAUCUUCUGGAUUUCUCUGAUCCUAGCCUGUAUUAUUGGGGUCAUAGCAUACAGGCUGGCUGUGUAUGCUGCCUUUGCAAGCAUCAUUAAGGACCCAAUGAGGAAAAUCCAGGUGGUGGGCAGGUUCAUCACACCACAACUGGCCACUUCUGCGACCGCCUCUUGCAUCAAUUUUGUCAUCAUCAUGAUUUUGAACUUCUUCUAUGAGAGGGUGGCCAUAUGGAUUACUGAUAUGGAGAUCCCAAAGACUCACCUGGAGUAUGAGAACAGACUCACCAUGAAGAUGUUUCUAUUUCAGUUUGUCAACUAUUACUCCUCUUGCUUCUAUGUGGCCUUCUUUAAGGGCAAAUUUGUAGGAUUUCCUGGUGAAUAUUCAUACAUGUUCGGAAAGUGGAGCAAACUGAGGAAUGAAGAGUGUGACCCUGGAGGCUGCUUGAUAGAGCUAACUACACAGUUAGUGAUCGUCAUGGCUGGAAAGCAACUGUGGGGGAACAUCCAGGAAGCCCUGCUACCAUUGAUGCGUAACUGGUGGAGCAGCAGAAAAGGGAGGCACCAUCCUGAGAACCAUUACAGCCGCUGGGAGCAAGACCACGUCCUGCAGAACUUCAGCCAGCUGGGAUUGUUCUAUGAAUACCUAGAGAUGGUGGUCCAGUUUGGUUUCAUCACUCUAUUUGUAGCAUCUUUUCCUUUGGCUCCCGUUCUGGCUUUGUUCAACAAUAUUCUGGAAAUUCGGGUGGACGCCUGGAAGUUCACCACCCAGUUCAGACGACCUGUGGCAUCCAAGGCUAGAAACAUUGGAGCUUGGCAGGAGAUUCUUAAUGCAGUUGCAAUAAUGUCUGUCGUUACAAAUGCGUUUAUCAUGGCCUUCACCUCAGACAUGAUUCCCCGAAUGGUCUACCUCUAUGCGUACGGCAAAGGGGCCUCCAUGAGGGGUUAUGUGAACAACAGCUUGUCGAUAUACAACAUCUCACAGAUUCCCUACCGAAACAUGCCAGAAGAAAAGGACAACUGGUUUGAUAAUUCAACAUCCACUUGCAGAUACAGAGACUACCGCUACCCCCCGGGCCACUACAGGGAAUACACUCACACCAUGCAGUUCUGGCAUAUCCUGGCUGCCAAAAUGGCCUUUAUUAUCAUCAUGGAACACGUGGUCUUCGUGGUCAAGUUCUUUGUGGCAUGGAUGAUUCCAGAUGUGCCUUCAGAUGUGAAGGCACGAUUUAAACGGGAACGCUACCUGAUUCAAGAGUAUCUGCACAACUACGAGGUAGAGAGACUCAAACUCCAGCUGAGUGCCAGCUUCAUCAACGAACCCCUCUCAGAAGUGUCCUCUGUGCCGGACAAGCAUGAAGUGCUAUCUGAGUGCCUCUAG